AUGAAUCUACUGAACUGUUUCUUCCCUAAAAUUCAGCAUGAAGAUACUUGCUAUUGUGUUCCCUCAACUUCAAAUUACAAGGCAAUGCCCAUCUACAGAGACUUUAUCCUCCCGACUAAAAGGAAGGAAUCAAAAGAGACCAAGCUCCUCCAACAACGAUUAGAUGGGGAGAUCAGGGCCCGGCAAAUGGAUAAAGCCAUCUUCCAACAACGAAUAGUAAAUGUAAGUUUAAUAUGACAUAAUUAAAACAAUCGUUUUAUAGGAAUGGCAGAGCAAAAAUUCGUUGAGGAAAGAGAUCGCUACCCUCAAUACUCUAAACAACAAACUUGUAAUUUACUCAAAAACUUUGGAAAACGUAAGUUGCAAUUUAAAAAUUUUAUUUGUUAAAGAGCGAACGUUAGUUGCAAAACAAGUUUACCUCGAGGACUAUUGCAAUUAUGAGAAAAAAAGGUUUAUUGCCCAGGAUUUAUCUUCUUUUACAUUACGGGAUUAUUUCCUCAAUUAUUUUGAUUAAUUUUCAGGAAAACAAACUAAUCCGAAUGAAACUUCGCCCUUCCAAACUAAAAACGAGCAAACGAGUCCAAUUCCAACCCAUGGUAACUGUCAAAUACUUUGACCUAUAA